AUGACGCAGAUGAAAGCUGGGGCAAUUGCAAGUCGCAGACGGCGCCAUCGAGCGCCAUCAUUCCUUGUCCCCCUUCUGGGUGGGUUGGUCACGUAUAGCUUGCACAUCAAUUCUUCAUUUUCUUUCACAUGGCAGCAUAACGCUGAUUCACAGGAAUUCUCCAUGCAGCUUGCCACAGUCAAUUCUACCGCAGCGAAACAAUUACAAUCGGCUCAGAUACAUAACAUCACACGCAGUGGACUUCAGUAUGGCACAGCGACCGGACAAAAUCAUUCGAGACACAGCAAAACAGCAGAAUCGCCUUUUCAGUCUUUGCAAACGUCACUAGAAUCUCAGCGACUUACACCUAUCGCUACCAGCUCAACUGUUAGGGGCAAUCGCUCCGUCACUGAUCUUCCAUACGCAGAUGCUCGCGACGAAGAUGGUUCCUGGGGGUACAUCGCCGACGCAACCCAGGUGAGGAGUCGAGUCCUGGCGCUUCUACCCUCAAACCAUACACUGCACAACAAUGUCACCAGUUUCAUACCCAUGACGGAAUCUGAACAAGAAGAAAUAUGCCAAAAGCCACCCGGAAGCGGACCGGAGCAAGAAUUGGGCUGGAAACUGAUGCAGCGUGUUGUCGUCAAUGCGCCCGAGCCGAGUCAUUGUCGCCACAAUCUGCAGUCAUCGUCACCAAAGAGUCUCCAAGCAGUCAUCGUCACCAACUCGUCCUCCAUCUCAGUAAGCCACCACACAGAAACAGCAGCACCCAAAAUUCUUUGUGUCGUCUACACGUAUGAUGCUCAUCACGAUCGAGUUGCGGCGAUUGGUGAUACCUGGGGUUGGCGCUGUGACGGCUUUUUGGCCGCCUCCAACCGAACUGUUCCGGAGCUUGGGGCUGUAGAUUUGCCCCACGUUGGACCCGAAGCUUACGGCAAUAUGUGGCAAAAGACGCGUUCUAUAUUGGCGUACGUGCACGAACACUACAUUGCGGAGUACGACUAUGUGCAUGUGGCAGGAGACGACACGUACGUGAUUGUGGAAAAUUUGAGAAAUUACUUGGAGUUUACGGUAGAGGCAAAACACGGUCGUGGCAAAGUACCAUUGUAUUUGGGUCAGCGUGUUUUUUCUGGAGGUGGUUAUACAUUUGUUGGCGGCGGGCCGGGGUAUAUUUUAAAUCGCUUGGCCUUGCAGCGUUUCAUUAAAGAGGCUCUGUCAGCAUGUCUGGCUAAUCAGCAGGAAGCAGCCGAAGACCGUUCGCUUGGAUAUUGCUUCAAAACCUUGGAAAUUACUACGGAAGAUACGGCGGAUGCAUUUCAUCGGCAAAGAUUUCACGGUGUGGAUCCAUACUUUUUGGCGACAAAGAAUCCACAGAAAGGCUUCUGGAAACGGUUAUACAAGUUUUGGGCCCGCGAACAUGGGUACAAAUGGGGCAUUGGCUUGGUGUCACCACAAACUGUAACUUUUCAUCUCAUAAAGUCGCCGAUUUGGAUGAAGCGCAUGCAUGCUAUGCUCUACCAUGCCUGUCCGACGGGUACGGCAAUGGGUGAUCUCCUUCCCAGACCUACGAAGCUGGCGAAUAUUUCCUGA